AUGGACCUGGCGCCAUUCGAGAAGGACAUCGACGAGCUGCUGGAUGAAUAUAGUCAGGUCACUCCACCUGUCCUCUUCUUUUCUUCUGGGUAUGGCUGUUGUCUGAUGUUCUUCAUUGAUCUUGUUUUUCUUUUUUAUGAAAAGUCGUGAGAAUUGAAUCUCUGUGUAGUGUGGAUCACCCUCGUUCUCUGCCUUCAAGAAAGUGUGGUCGUCCCGGAAAUUCUCCUACCUCUACGAGGGCCGGCCCACCAGCAACUCGGCCGUCUUCAUGCAGUCUCUCUACGCCCACUGCAUUGGUACGCCCACUACUAGUUUUUUCUAUGAAUUUAUGUGAGCUUCGCUCUGAUCUUCUCCACUCCUAACUUCACAGUAUGUCAUCUAUGGCAGCUCACUCAUACUUAUAUAAUUUGUAAUGUCUAAGAUCGCUGCUGACCUUAGGGGGUUGGAACAUACACGGAAACGGCGCUAUUCAAUGAUUUCCCAGCAUUCAUCGGAGUUGAUUAUCGACACUAAAUUAGAAAAAAAACGUUAAUCAAAGUUGUGGGUAGGUCUGGACGAUUACAUGUGGAAUAGCCUCUGUUGCUUGCUGCCUUGGUCUCUGUUGGAGGUGAAGUCUCUGAUUUGGAGAUUUUUUAAUGCGUGAGGCUGUAGAGCAUGGGAUGAGCUUGAUAUCGGGAGAAGUGUUGAAAUUCUUAGGCCGAGAGCUCUUUCGACAAAAAUUUUGCAAAAAUGAUGAGCAGAACUAUAAAGGCCUGAAUCUUGGAAGGGAAGCCGAGGUUAUUUAAUCAUGUGUGGAUUUCCUGUCGUGAAAGGGCUCGAUUUUUUUUCUGUAGAAUAUUUGGUGAAGUUGAUGUUUUGAUCCAAGAGUCAUGAGAUCAGAUCCUGCUUCAUAUCUGCAGGGAACAUGACUCGCCCAGGCACCCUGCAACGGAGACUGGGGGGAUUGUACUGCCUCUAUUGUCUCUACGAGAUUCAACCCUUCAAGCCUUGCUUCAAGAUUUACAUUUCUCUGGGUACAAUUUCUUUUCCCUCUUGAUGGGCGUUUUAUUUGCUGAUUUUUUGAUAAAUAUUUGCUUUUCUUUUACCCAAAAAAUGGCGAAGAUGAAAAUUUAAUCUUUUAGUUGCUUGAUGAUGUAUGUGGAAAUUCUUUUUCACAUGUUCAUUUACUCGAACUUUAUGCAUGACAAAAAAAUAAUAACGUAUAAAGUAAAAAAAUAGAUAUCAACUUUUUAAUAAAUAGAAAAUCGGAAAAUAAUGAUAAAAUUUGUAUUCCGAUUUCUGUCCCCAUGAUAAAUGUCUUACUUUAAUUCUGUUAUUUGGGUCCGUUUUUUGCAAAAAAGGUUGCAAAGAUUCGCAAUCACAUGGAUCUCAGAUUCAAUCUUCUACCUGCAUGACGAUGUCUGAGGUUUUCUUUUACGUACAAUUUAAAAAAAAAUUAUGAAACAAGAAUACGUAAAAAAUGAUUAUAAUCUUAUUAUUUUUAUUUUUAUUUCUCAAGGUACAGAUUUUUUCCGUUUAAUGGGUGUUUUAUAUGCUAAUAUUUGGAUCUGUUUUCGUCUUAAAUUUAGAAAAAAAAUAGGUUUAAAAUUUAAUUUCCUAGCUGGAUGAUCGCAUUUGGAGGUCUUUCUUAUCAUGCUAAUUUAUUAUCCCCGUUCCGAUCAACAACUAUAAUUUUUAUGAAGUUGUAAUUUUUUAACCGUCAGUCAUCUAAAAUUUAUAAAAAUCUGUAUAUUUUCUGAUCCAUAAUUCGCCGUUGUUUAGUAGUCUUAAUUGGAAAAUAAUGGUUUAUUUUCUUUGUUUCCCUCUAUAUGGUAUGAUGAAGAAAUCCUGGGUUGAGCUCAAACGUUGACCCUGUUUUUCUUAUUUUUUUCCUUUUAUAGGGCAGCUGAAGCAUCUCAAGCAGUUGGUCGUUGACGCAAAGGACGGUGUGGUUGCGGUGACCGCUCUGGUCAAAAGGAUGCUGGAGAGGCACAUGUUCUUGUUUGGAUCUGUAGACACCGUUGGCGGCUCCCUGAAGCAGAGAGUUGACGAAAUCAAGAGGCUGCAGAACAAGCUUGUGGAAACUGCCUAUGACAAGUAUCUAUCCUCUCUCUCUCUCUCUCUCUCUCUCUCUCUCUCUCGCCCUUGAAAUUGCCUCACAUUUGCCGUUGAAACUUACAGGCUGUUGGCCAACAGUCAGAUUGAGGAAUACCUUCAUAUGAAUCUGGUGAGUCUCGCAGCACCCUUGACCUUAGCGGGCAUCCUUCGUUUCAUCAAAGGAAUCAAGGUUUUAACUCUCUGAGGGCCUCCACGGCGACGAUGAUCGGUGGAUGGACGAGGAGAUCCCCGGUUUCUGAUUCCGACCUUCAAAACGGGAAGAAAUUGCUGAGCGCUCCCGCUGAAUAUGCUCGUCAUUUCUCAGGGUCUGGAACUGGAUUUGAAUGGCCUCAAGAAGAUGUCCACUGAUUACGCCAGAGCCAAAGAACUCGCAAUCAGAGGUACCAUCUCUCUCUCUCUCUCUCUCUCUCUCUCUCUCUCUCUCACUCUUACUAACUCUAACUCUAACUCUAACUUUAACUCUAACUCUAACUUUAACUCUAACUCUCUCUUUCUCUCACUAUCUUCAGAGGCGUCGGAGACGGUGGAGGUGGGGGAGGUGAAGCAGAUGGCGGAGAGGGGAGAGGAGGUGGGGACGAAGCUGGAGGAGCUCGUCGCGAGAUGGGAGGCGCGGAGGAAAGACUUCUCCCGACAGACGGGCAUCGCCCGUGCCGCCGAGGCGGCGGAACCCACCGAUGAAUUCGGCGCCGAGCUUGAACUGUUGCUGAGUGAAGACUAG